AUGUUUCUAUUUUCUAAAGUAAAUUGAAGGAUUAUUUUGUGUAGAAUGUUGUUAUGUUAUUAUUAUAACUUAAAGUAGUGUAAUUUAAACAUAUGAAAUAUGUCAGAUUUAAAAAUAUGUAGAAUAUGCUUACGGACGGAUGCAAAAGUAUAUAAAUAUGACCAAUAUAAACUUGGAUCUUUUUAUGAAGAAAUUUUGGCUUUAGAUGUAAAGGAAAAGGAUACACUGCCUAAAUAUUUCUGUUUUGAAUGUGCAAUAUUGUUACAUAAAUAUCACAAAUUCAAAGAGAAAUGCUGCAUUGGAAGCAAAAUACUCAAAGAAAUGUGUCACAAAGGCCCGAUCACUUAUGAGUUAGUCAACUGUAUAGAUAGAACAAAUCUUAACCUCUUACUGAAAUCACCAUUAGAAAGGAUCAUAUUAGCUUAUAACAAUGACGAAAUCACGACAAUUAAUGAUGAUGUGAUCAUUAAAGAAGAAGCCAACCGAGAUAAUAAAGUAGCAAAGAUAGAGGAUAUCCUCGAUAACAGCACUGAUGAUACUUUAUUUGAUGAUAGAGAAUCCGAAGUGACUAUACCAAAUGUUAAAAAAUCAAUUGAAAAGCAGGAGCCGAUCAAAAAAAAGAAUCACAAAAUCCAAAUCCAAAAAGAUAUAAAAUUAAAAAAAAGAAUACAAGCAAAAGAAAGACAUUGUAAAAGCAAAGAUGAAAAUAAUGUGAAGACGGGAAUUAAACGAUUGAUUUUAAUGGAUAGUAAUAAGUGGAAGAAAUACGAUCUAUCUGAAGAUGAUGCUUUACAGGAGUUUCAAGCGAAAGCAUUCGAUGAUAAGUACACAAGUGCUGCUUACAAAUGUACGGACUGUUUGAAAGGAUUCUCCGAAGAGGACAUGUUGAAACGACACAUCAAAAUAAGACACAGUGAGUCAAAAGGAUCUAUAGAAUGUCAGUUCUGUCGCAUGCGUUUUAAAAGGAAGUGUCGGUUACGCCAGCACAUACGGGAACACUACACUAAGUUCAAAUGUCUCCGGUGUAACUUUAUAUGCGUUCUCGAGAGCACAGCUUUAAGUCACGAACAGUAUCAUAACGGUGUGACGAGAAAAUGCAAAUAUUGCGGCAAAGAAUUCAGAUACUCCUCAACGUACUACACCCAUUUGCGCACACAUAGAAGUCAAUACGUGUGUACUCUGUGCGGAUCUUCGUUUGUGAGCGAGGCUGGCCUGCAUCAGCACAAACGCGUCAAACACUGCACCAACGAAGUCCAGACGAAUCAAGAAGAUGAUGGCGAAGUGAACAAGUAUUGUACGCGUUGCAACAUCCACUUCGAGACCAGUAAGGCGUAUGAAGAACAUCUAUACCACUCCACCAUGCAUGCUGAAAUAGAGGAAAACGGUACAGAGAACGACACGGCAAAACAGCUGAAAGUAUUCGAGAAGACAACUCCAGAAAAGAUAACAAGUUUAUUUAAAAAACGAAAGGUCGACGAUGUGUCGUUCAAAUCAGGGAAGCGAUGCAAAAAGCCAACGACUUGUCAUCAAUGCGGGAAACAUUUCAAUAGUCAAUCGGCUUGUAUGAAGCACCAUUUGGAGGAGCACCCGGGGACCUCAUUCUGCCCCCCCAACCAGAGGCACAUAUGUGAAAUAUGUGGUGCGUCGCUCGCUCCAGGCAGUGUUGCUGUCCACAAAAACAUGCACACCCGUGAGAAGAUAUUCGCUUGCGAGACUUGCGGACGACAGUUCUACGAGAGUGUCGGUCUGAAGCGACAUAUGUUGACACACACAGGGGAGAAGCCGUUCGCUUGCACUUCUUGUGACAAACGUUUCACACAAAGCGCCAGUCUGAAGCUUCAUUACAGAACAUUCCAUCUGAAACAACCUUAUCCUAAGAGAAAUAGAAGAAAAAAGGAGUAAUCCAUACAUCCUAAAAAAAGGCUAAAAGAAGAAUCGACUCAAUGAAGCUUUCAAGCAAUAUUAAAUGUAGAAGAAAGAAGAAAUGUAGAUUUUUCGUAAUGAACUGGCAAUGUUUUAAUGAAAUAGUAGAGAUGAAGAUAUUUGUUACAUAUAUUAGAAAA